ACCGUUUAAUGCCGGGAGCAGCGAACAAAAUUGACUGCCGAUGCGUUGAUAGCGUUCAGUCGUCGGCGAGGCAUCGGAAUCGACGAUCAGAACGUACACGUUGUUCACGUUGCGUGCAUCGAAACUGCAUAAAGGUCAAUCGGAGGAGGUUACAUUGCAACAAUCGGUCGAGUCAUGGCGACCGGUUACAUCACGACCAUUGCUAAAAAGUAUCCUACGUACCGCGAUGAGCCCUUGAAGACGGUAGAUCGUUGGUUGGAUGGCAAGCGGGUUGACGAUGGUGCUGAGGGUCUCUGGCGCGUACAUGACACCCUGUACGAUCUUACGGACUUUAUCGAGCGACAUCCCGGUGGUUCCGAGUGGAUCCGGCUGACAAAGGGUACAGACAUUACGGAGUCUUUUGAGACACACCACAUUACCACGCGAGCCGAGGGCAUGCUGGCAAAGUUUAAAGUACGUGCAGCCACCACGCCAAGAUCGGUCGGUUUGACGUUUCAUGAUGAUGGGUUUUACCGGACGCUGAAGAAACGGGUUCGCGAUAAGUUGAAGGAUAUUGACUACACACCGGUGAAGCAAUCGAAACUGAUCAUCGACUCACUCGUGGCCACCGCAUUCGGUCUAGCCUUUCUGGCCAUCCGUAUGCAAAGCUACGCCCUAGCCAUGGCCUCCGGUCUCUUUGUCUGCUGGACAAUGAUUGCCGCGCACAAUUUCUUCCAUCAGCGGGACAACUGGAGGAUGCUGACGUUCAACUUGGCUUUCUCGAGCUACCGCCACUGGAGAGUUUCCCAUGCCAUGUCACACCAUAACUUCCCCAACUCGAUAUUGGAUUUGGAAAUUUCCUACUUUGAGCCGUUCUUUUGCUGGCUACCGAAUCCGGCUACCAAGAAUACGAUCAAACGGUUCGCUUCCUGGGUUUACGGUCCGUUCGUCUAUUCGAUGCUGUUGUAUGGCGAAUUCUUCAAGCGAGUAGUGGAGUCCUACAGCACUGGAAAGAACACGUUUUAUCUAGAUGAUCUCGUUACGUUUAUUCUACCAUCCUUCUUGUACGUCGUUGGAGCCACUGGUCUGUGGGAGGUUAUAAAGAUGUGGCUGUUCAUCGUGAGUGUAGCAAGCUUCAGUUUCGGAUUAAUCGGACUUAAUGCUGCCCAUCAUCACCCGAAAGCCGUUCACGAUGGAGAUCGAAUACCGAAAGAUAUCGACUACGCAGUGUACCAGUUGGCCGCCGUCAUUGAUCGAUCGGACACGAAGGGAUCAUUGUUUAUGGUGUUGACAAGCUUUGGAGAUCACUGUUUGCAUCAUUUGUUCCCGACGCUUGAUCACGCCAUACUGCCUCAACUGUACCCGGUGUUCUUCGAGACGUGCCGGGAAUUCGAAACGGUCUAUCGCGAAAUGCCCUGGCUGCAGCAUAUCAUCGGUCAGCACAAGCAGCUUGCUCGUAUUGACACGAUGACGUACAAUCCAUCGGAGAAGUUCCGCGCAUAAUGCGGACAUCCUUAUAGCUAAUCCGAACCAAAGAGCUAUUCAUUGCAGUUAUCUUGCUGUUAUUUUUUUUUAUCAAA